AGUUAUCACCCAUGCCCUCCUAAAAGGGUGUCUCGAAGCGUAUUUUGCUGUAGAGCAGAAUUCGGAACCAAGAAGACAAGGGCUCAAAUUGAAUCUCACAGGAUUUGUACACAAGAGAAACCCAAAGGAAUGGAUUGGCUCUUCUUCAGAAACUUUUGCCUUUUGAUCGUUCUAGUGGUGGUGAUGGAAGUAAACUGUGAAUUUAUUGUUGAGGUGAAGGAAUUUGACAUUGAAAAUGGCACUACAAAAUGGCAAACAGUCAGACGACAAAAGCGGGAGUGGAUCAAGUUUGCCGCAGCCUGUCGAGAAGGAGAGGACAACUCGAAGAGGAACCCCAUUGCCAAAAUUCGAUCAGACUGCGAAUCGAACCAGAAGAUUACAUACCGAAUUUCUGGAGUAGGGAUUGAUCGACCACCAUAUGGGGUAUUCACCAUUAAUCCUCGCACUGGGGAAAUUAACAUCACUUCAGUGGUAGACAGAGAGAUAACUCCACUUUUCUUGAUCUAUUGCCGGGCUCUGAAUUCACGGGGUGAAGACUUAGAAAGGCCUCUUGAGCUUAGAGUCAAAGUUAUGGACAUAAAUGAUAACGCUCCAGUCUUUUCACAAAGUGUAUACACAGCCAGUAUUGAAGAAAAUAGUGAUGCCAAUGCAUUGGUCGUAAAGUUAUGUGCCACAGAUGCGGAUGAAGAAAAUCAUCUGAAUUCUAAAAUUGCCUACAAGAUCGUCUCUCAGGAGCCGUCAGGUGCACCCAUGUUCAUUCUGAAUAGGUACACUGGAGAAGUCUGCACCAUGUCCAGUUUCUUGGACAGGGAGCAACACAGUAUGUACAACCUAGUUGUGAGAGGCUCAGAUCGAGAUGGAGCUGCAGAUGGACUGUCUUCUGAGUGUGACUGUAGAAUCAAGGUUUUAGAUGUCAACGAUAAUUUCCCCACCUUAGAGAAAACCUCAUACUCAGCCAGUAUUGAAGAGAAUUGUUUAAGUCCAGAGCUGAUACGAUUACAAGCAAUUGAUCUUGAUGAAGAAGGCACCGAUAAUUGGUUGGCGCAAUAUUUAAUUCUCUCUGGAAAUGAUGGGAAUUGGUUCGAUAUUCAAACAGACCCACAAACCAAUGAAGGCAUUUUGAAAGUUGUCAAGAUGCUGGAUUAUGAACAAGCACCUAAUAUUCAGCUUAGUAUCGGAGUUAAAAACCAAGCUGAUUUUCACUACUCUGUUGCUUCUCAAUUCCGAAUGCACCCAACCCCUGUGAGAAUUCAGGUUGUUAAUGUGAGAGAAGGACCUGCAUUUCAUCCAAGUACUAUGGCUUUUAGUGUGCGGGAAGGAGUAAAAGGAAGUUCUUUAUUGAAUUAUGUGCUUGGCACAUAUACAGCCAUAGAUUUGGACACAGGAAACCCUGCAACAAAUGUCAGAUAUAUCAUAGGGCAUGAUGCAGGCAGCUGGUUAAAAAUUGAUUCAAGAACUGGUGAGAUACAGUUUUCUAGAGAAUUUGAUACGAAGUCAAAAUAUAUUAUCAAUGGGAUAUACACAGCAGAGAUCCUGGCUAUAGAUGAUGGCUCUGGAAAAACAGCUACAGGAACCGUAUGUAUUGAGGUUCCUGAUAUCAACGAUUACUGUCCAAACAUUUUUCCUGAAAGAAGAACCAUCUGCAUUGACUCCCCAUCAGUCCUUAUCUCUGUUAAUGAACAUUCUUAUGGGUCUCCCUUUACUUUCUGUGUUGUUGAUCAGCCACCAGGUACAGCUGACAUGUGGGAUGUCAGAUCAACAAAUGCUACCUCAGCAAUCCUUACGGCUAAGCAGGUUUUAUCUCCAGGAUCUUAUGAAAUCCCAAUCCUGGUGAAGGACAGUUAUAACAGAGCAUGUGAAUUGGCACAGAUGGUGCAGUUAUAUGCCUGCGACUGCGAUGACAACCACAUGUGCCUGGACUCUGGUGCCACGGGCAUCUACACAGAGGACGUAACUGGUGACACGUAUGGGCCUGUCACUGAAGACCAAGCUGGAGUUUCAAAUGUUGGUCUUGGACCAGCAGGGAUCGGCAUGAUGAUUCUGGGCAUCCUGCUACUGCUUUUGGCUCCACUCUUGCUGCUACUAUGUUGCUGCAAACAGAGACAGCCUGAAGGCCUGGGAACAAGAUUUGCUCCUGUGCCUGAGGGCGGAGAAGGAGUGAUGCAGUCUUGGAGAAUUGAAGGGGCCCAUCCGGAGGACAGGGAUGUGUCAAAUGUAUGUGCGCCCAUGACAGCCUCAAAUACCCAGGAUCGGAUGGAUUCCUCUGAAAUCUACACCAACACCUAUGCAGCCGGGGGCACGGUGGAAGGAGGGGUAUCGGGAGUGGAGCUCAACACAGGGAUGGGGACAGCCGCUGGCCUCAUGGCGGCAGGGGCCGCAGGAGCCGCAGGAGUCACAGGGGCCUCAGGGGCCGCAAGGAAGAGGAGCUCUACCAUGGGAACCCUGCGGGACUACGCUGACUCCGACGUCAACAUGGCUUUCUUGGACAGCUACUUCUCGGAGAAAGCAUAUGCUUAUGCAGAUGAAGAUGAAGGUCGACCAGCCAAUGACUGCUUGCUCAUUUAUGACCACGAGGGAGUAGGGUCUCCCGUAGGUUCUAUUGGUUGUUGCAGUUGGAUUGUGGAUGACUUAGAUGAAAGCUGCAUGGAAACUGUAGAUCCAAAAUUUAGGACUCUUGCUGAGAUCUGCUUAAACACAGAAAUUGAACCAUUUCCUUCACACCAGGCUUGUAUACCAAUCAGUACUGACCUCCCUUUGCUUGGACCUAAUUACUUUGUCAAUGAAUCUUCAGGACUGACUCCCUCAGAAGCUGAAUUCCAAGAAGAAGUGGCAGCAUCGGAACCCGUGGUUCAUGGGGAUAUUAUUGUGACUGAGACUUACGGUACUGCUGAUCAAUGUGUGCAACCCACUACAAUUAUUUUUGAUCCUCAACUUGCACCCAGUGUUGUAGUAACCGAAGCAGUAAUGGCACCUGUCUAUGAUAUUCAAGGGAAUAUUUGUGUACCUGCUGAGUUAGCAGAUUACAACAAUGUAAUCUAUGCUGAGAGAGUACUGGCUAGUCCUGGUGUGCCUGACAUGAGCAAUAGUAGCAUGACUGAUGGUUGUAUGGGACCUGUGAUGAGUGGCAAUAUUUUAGUAGGGCCAGAAAUUCAAGUGAUGCAAAUGGUGAGUCCAGACCUUCCCAUAAGCCAAACCGUUGGCUCCACAUCCCCAAUGACAUCUCGACACACAGUAACACGAUACGGUAACAUACAUUACACCCAACAGUAAGUGCUUUAUGGUCAGUGUUCUCUAUGGAGACCUUGCACCUUGUAAUCACAAAUACAUCCACCAAAGAUAUAUAAUGUACCAUAUAUAUUAACAGUCAACAAAUACUCAUAUAUUCUAAGGUCAAUGCCAUUAUUUGAUUGUACCAUUUUGAGGGUGAAUAUGGCUAGGCACUUUAGAUAAGCCUUUUAAAACUUCUUUCUGAUUUUAAAUAAUGUGUCAAAAAAUGUGCAGAAAAUGUAUCGCAUCCCUUGAUACUGUCUAAUGAAUAGCACAUAACUCACAUUGUGAAUCCUAUGGGUCUUGAGGCCUGUAACACCAAUCUUGUCAACCAAGAUGCCUUGUUCUUGGAAGUUACAAAAGAAGCCCUGUCCACAUCCACCAGCCAUAUUUUUCUUUAGAGAAAUAUUUAUAUUAAAAUUUUUAAUUGAAAAAUUGAAUGAAAUGUACAUUUCUGAAAGGAAAUUGAAAAGGAACGUAGAGUAUCGGUCAAUGUCUUCAGAUAUCUGAAGUCAUUUGUCUCUUCAAAAGAUUUUUCAAGAUUAUGUGCUAUUAAGCAAUAGGUCAUGCUUAAUAUAAUAAGAAAAGAGUUUGCCAACUGAAAGCAUCGCUGGAAAUGGUUCAUUGAAGAAAAAAAUAUAUAUUUUUAUUGAACUUUAUUGAUUUAUAAGAUUAACUGUAAAUUAAUCUAGAAUAGCAAAAAAAAUUAUGACAAUCCUAAAGUUGAAAGAGUUAUUGAGGAAAUACUAGAGUUUUCCCCACUUACAGGGAAUUUUUUCCCUACUGUUGCCAAUUAUGUCAGAAAAAUACAUGAAAUAUGGCUUAAUCAAUUUCAUUGAACUGAAUCAUAGAGCUUUCAAUUGGCAAGCAGAUAUUCUCCAAAGGCACUCUGUAGUUAUUCAUAUAUUCAACAAUAUUUACUUAGAAGCAACUAGGUGUUGAGUGCUAGUCAUGGCUCUGUGAAUAUACAGGUGAAGCAGACAGACAUGGUUUCUGCCUUCAUAGAGUUUCUAUUCAUUUCUAGACUUAAAAUAAAACUCUGGGAUAUGGCUUUAAGUUCCUAACAACAAUAAUUAACCAACUAUUUAAGUCCAUUACCAAGUUGUGUUUCUGUUUGCAACACUACUAUUUAUGUUGAAUAAAUAAAAUGGAAACACACAUCAUAGAUUGCUUACUUUUAGUAGGCAUAAAGCUGACUUGAGAAAAAGAAACUAGCCAGGUAAUUUUACUUAAUUCUGUAAAAUAUGUAUAGAGCAGCAGCAAUAAUGUGACUGAGAUAAUGUAAAUGAAAUAAACUUAUUUUCAAGGCCUAAUCCUUUUGAAAGGAAA